AUGGGCCUCGACGAAGAGAAGCAGGCUUCCGAGUCUAGAACACCGUCUAUUGAGACAUCUUCAACUGCCAACGGUAUAGAAACACCAGACGUUCGCGACGAAGAUGCGAAUAGAGAUGAAGAAAAAGCAGCUAUCGAGGCAGAAAAGCCUCUCGAAUACCCGAAAGGAUUAGAAAUGUUCUUUAUCAUGCUUGCGCUCGUGCUCAGUAUCACUCUCUGCUCUCUCGACCAGACCAUUGUCGCAACCGCCGUCCCCAAGAUUACCGACCAGUUCGGCCGCCUACAAGAUAUCUCGUGGUACGGCUCAGCAUACUUCCUCACCCUCGGGGCCUUCCAGUCACUCUGGGGCAAGAUCUACAAGUUUUUCCCACUGAAAACAAGUUUCCUGGCGUCCAUCUUCAUCUUCGAACUCGGAAGCUUGAUCAGCGCUGUUGCUCGUAACUCGAUGACUGUGAUUGUCGGACGUGCCAUCGCUGGCUUAGGCGCCUCGGGUGUUGCCCCCGGAGUGUACACGAUUCCUGCUUUCAUUGCCGCCCCCGAGAAGAGAGCUACAUACACGGGCUUCAUCGGGUUGUCGUAUGGUAUUGCUGCUGUUGCCGGACCGCUCAUUGGCGGGGGACUUACAGAUGGGGCGAGCUGGAGAUGGUGCUUCUAUAUCAAUCUUCCCAUCGGCGGUCUGGCUAUUCUCGUCAUCCUUCUCACCUUCAAGACUCCAGCAGGGGUCAAGGUUGUCGACGCUACACUCAAGGAAAAGCUUUUACAGAUGGACUUCAUAGGUACAGCGCUUGUGAUGGGCGCGUCUCUGUCUUUGCUUCUGGCGCUUCAAUAUGGUGGUGUGACCCAUGCUUGGAACUCUAGUGUUAUCAUUGGCUUGCUCGUCGGCUUUGUUCUCAUGAUUGUCACACUGAUAGCAGUCGAAUUAUGGCUGGGGGAGCGUGCAAUGUUGACGCCACGGCUAAUUCGCCAAAGAACUGUUUGGGUCAACGCUGUCUGGAGCUUCUUCUUUGCUGGAUCAUACUUCAUCACGCUUUACUACCUGCCUAUCUACUUCCAGAGCAUCGAUAACCAGAGUCCUAUCGGUUCGGGCGUACGAAACAUUCCUCUCAUCGCACUAUUCAGUGUCGCAACAUUUGCAUCUGGUAAAGCCAUCACAAAGACUGGCACUGCGGCUCCAUAUCUGGUGGUUAGCUCGAUAAUCGUCACCAUUGCGUCCGGUCUGUUCUAUACUCUCGAUAUUGGGACGUCGACUGGAAAAUGGGUUGGAUAUCAGAUCCUGGCGGGUUUCGGGUAUGGCGUUGGUCUCCAGGUUCCUGUUGUCAUUUCGCAGGCGUUCGCUGCACCCAGUGACAUGGCUCCCGUCACUUCGAUAAUUAUAUUUUCUCGGACCAUUGGUGGUACAUUCUUAAUCACCGCUGCACAAUCUGGCUUCAUCAACCAAAUCAUUCACAAGUUGUCCAGCACUGCGCCCACCAUUGAUCCCGACUUGGUUACAGAAACUGGUGCGACUACUCUGCGACACAAUUUCUCCGGCGCUGAGCUGAAUGGUAUACUACAUGCUUAUGUGUGGGGAAUCAAAGUUGCUUUUGCGAUCACGAUUGCGGCUUGUGGCAUCACUGUCAUUACGAGCUUGUGCACCAAGUGGACGAAUAUCCACCUCAAGAAACAGAGCUCAUGA